CCUUGGCUAAACUGUGCAUCUUCUUAAGGAAAAGAAAAGAAACCCUAAAGCUCAUCAGUGAGCCCCGGCCCCCAACUCUUUCCGCCCUCCUUUCGUGCCUGAUUUCAAGCCAAAUUUUAAUACUUAAAUCAAGGUGGUUGCAGUUUUUAGCCAUGACUUUACUCGAACUGAUCACCAAGGCCUCGGCCAGUGCCCAAACUCUCGCUACUCUUCCAGACUACCCGGUUGUUCUCAACCCUGAUUCCAUUUUCCCCAUUUUGAAUCCAAAAGGCGAUGAACCAAACAUGUCGACUCUUCCCAUUCCUGUUACCGGAUGGCAAAUAUCUGAAUCUGAUUCCAAGUUUGUUGACUUGUGCAAGAAUUUCUUCAAUGAGCUUGGGGAAAAGCUCAAAAACCCGAUGUCUUUUAGUAAAGAGGAGUUUUUGGGAAUGCUGAACAAGUUUCUUGAGAAUAUUAGGGAAAAGUUUGGGAUCCAAAUUGGGGUAGCUUCGUCCAAUGAUGGGUAUUCACGGGUUCUAGUUGAGAAAGUUGGAUUGUUUAUGGGAAAGAAUGUUGCUGCCCUGGUUUUGGAAGCCUGCAUUACUUUUGAGAUUUGGGAAUUGGUGGAAGCUUUGAUUGUCAAUGGGUUUGUUGGGAAUUCUUGUUAUUCAAAUGUGGUUCCUAGACUCGUAGUAAAGGAGAGAUCAGACUUGCUAUGUCACUGUGUUAAGCACGCAGCUGAUCUUGGGCCAACAGAAUUACGUCUCAUCUUGAAGUAUUUUCUUAGUUCACAGAAGCAUGCCGGUGUGGUUAAUGUGCGAAAGGAAUGGGAGAGACAAGCACUGUUAGCUAUUGACAAGGCCACUGAUAAAAAUCUCCCAAGGAAGAAAGCUGUCGUCGCAAAAGAGGCCUCGAUUUUGCUUAUGGUAGCAUACGAUGGUUUUUCUUCUUCAGAGCUCUGCUUGCAUUAUCUAUUGGCAUCGGCCAAUCUUGAUGAGGUGGUGUUAUCAUCUGCCAUUAGCAAGUUGAACGGCAAAGAGAUGAUGAGCUUGAUUCGGUACUUGGGAAAGUGGCUGAAGAAAUACGAGAGAUUUCCUCAAGCGGUUCCUUGUCCCAAGGCGUCGACCUUGGGUCUGAAGGCUUGUGAUUGGGUUCCUAAGCUUGAAGAUGUCGUAAAAUGUCUCGGCAUUGUGCUGGAUGAGAACUUUUCUGCAUUGGUGUUGCAUCCCGAGUUUCACGAGGAACUCAGAUCUAUCGAGGCAAUAGUUAGUUCUUUAGCCUCGGAAGCUAGAUUCGCCUGCUUAGUGGCCAAUGUAGCUGAAAAUUUGAAAAGUGAAGUUCAAGGUGCCUAGAACUUGCCCGAUAUCGUCGGGUGAAAAUUUUGCG